AGAGCUUUUUUGAAUGUAUGGAAGUGAAAGUAUUUUGGAGCCGUCAGUUGUUUCUUGGUUAACUGUGAACUUCUGAAUAUAGGGAAGGUCUGCCUCAGUCUUUGAGGCGGGUAAAGGUAAUCGACGCUGCGCCUGCCCUUUUCUGCUCGAAAGCCGGACGGCUUCAGCGGCGGACCUGAAACGGCUGAAGCCAAGAGUAGGACAGUGUGGCCGCGGACAGAUCUUCGGGCCGCUCCCUGAUGUACUAUGCUUUCUUGUGACAUAUGUGGUGAAACAGUAACCUCGGAACCAGACAUGAAGGCUCACCUUCUAAUUGUUCACAUGGAAAAUGAAGUUAUAUGUCCAUUUUGCAAGUUGUCAGGAGUGAAUUAUGAUGAAAUGUGUUUUCAUAUUGAAACUGCUCAUUUCGAGCAGAAUGAACUAGAAAGAAGCUUUGCAAGGAUCAAUACAAUACAGUAUAGAACUUCAGAUAACAGGAAGGACAACACCUUACAAUGUAGAAUGGAAGUUAAUUCUAGUGUCCAUUCAGCUUGUGCAUCUAAUCUUCCAAAAAUUUCAGCUCAAAGCCUGCCAAAUGAUGGUACUUUAAAACAGAAAGCCUUUUAUUCAGAGAACUUAACUGAAUCUAGAAAGUUCUGCAAAAGUAAGGAGAAAGAAUGUGACCUAUCCAAAAUAAAAGGAUCAGUUUAUGAAACAACGUAUAGUCCUCCAGAAUGCCCCUUCUGCGGAAGAAUAGAAGAUUGUAGUCAAGAUAUGGAAAAUCAUGUGAAAACAAAACAUGCUAAUCUUUUAGACACUCCAUCAGAAGACCAUGAUCAACCACUGUAUGACUGUCCUAUGUGUGGACUCAUCUGUACAAAUUACCAUAUUCUCCAGGAACAUGUUGACUUACAUUUAGAAGAAAGCAGCUUUGGACAAGGCAUAGAUAGAGUCCAGUGUUCUAGAGAUCUAGAAUUGGCUCACCAACUUCAACAAGAAGAAGACAGAAAGAGGAGAUCUGAAGAAUCACAACAAGAACUGGGAGAAUUUCAGAAGCUGCAGAGACAAUAUGGUUUAGAUAAUUCUGGAGGAUACAAACAACAGCAGCUACGUAAUAUGGAGAUAGAAGUCAAUAGGGGAAGAAUGCAUCCAUCUGAAUUUCAUAGAAGAAAAGCCGAUAUGAUGGAAUCUCUAGCUAUUGGUAUUGAUGAUGGAAAAACAAAAACUUCUGGAAUUAUUGAAGCACUUUAUAGAUACUAUCAGAAUGCUGCCACAGAGGUGAGGCGUGUGUGGCUUUCUACAGAGGUGGAUCACUUUCACUCAUCUUUUGGUGACAAAGGUUGGGGUUGUGGUUACAGAAAUUUCCAAAUGCUACUUUCAUCAUUACUGCGAAAUGAUGCUUAUGAUGAUUGCUUGAAAGGUAUGUCAAUUCCUUGCAUUCCAAAAAUUCAGUCUAUGAUUGAAGACGCAUGGAAAGAAGGUUUUGAUCCUCAGGGUGCCUCUCAACUUAAUAACAGGUUACAGGGAACAAAGGCCUGGAUCGGAGCAUGUGAAGUGUAUACACUUCUGACCUCCCUAAGGGUAAAGUGCCACAUUGUUGAUUUUCAUAAGUCAACUGGCCCUUUGGGUACACAUCCUCGUUUAUUUGAGUGGAUAUUGAACUAUUAUUCUUCAGAGAGAGAAGGGAGUCCAAAAGUAAUUUGUACAUCUAAACCACCUAUCUAUCUUCAGCAUCAAGGACAUAGUCGAACAGUUGUUGGAAUUGAAGAAAGAAAAAACCGAACAUUAUGUUUACUAAUCUUUGAUCCUGGAUGUCCUUCUCGAGAAAUGCAGAAACUAUUAAAGCACGACAUGGAGGCCAGCAAUCUCAAGCAACUUCGGAAAUUUGUAGGAAAUUUAAAACAUAAGCAAUACCAGAUAGUGGCAGUAGAGGGUGUUCUUUCUUCAGAGGAGAAAGUUUUUCAGGUGUACAAUAUAGUGAUAAAACAAUUCUAUACAUGACUCAGUGCCCAUCAGGAUGACUGUACCUUUAAUCCCCAUCAUUUUCUCCACUCAUCCCUCUGGUAACCAUCUGUUUGUUCUCUAUAAUUAAGAGUUUGUUUUGAUUAAUUUUAAUCAUGAAAUAUCAAAAUGCUUGUUAAUCAGUAUAUAGAUAACUUUUGAUAGCAUAGGUGAUAUUAAAUAUUAUCAUGGAGCCUGGCUGAACACUUUAGUUAGCUUUUCUUUAUUUGUUUGUUUAUUUAUUUCUUUUUCAGUCAUGGAAAGUAGCUGUGUCUUUAACUGAAAGAAUCAGAACUUGGCUGACUAUGUGCAAUAGUGCCAGAUAGAGAAGAAAUGAUAAUAUGAUGUAUAAUUAUAAUUUUAAUAAAAGUAACACUUUAUAAUGCUUAUUUUAUGCUGGGCACUGUCAUAAGCACUUUGCACAUAUAUUAACUAAUAUCUAUACAACUGCCCUAUAGAGCAGGCACUGUUAUUCCCAUUUUACAAAUAAGGAUGUCUGUGCUCAGAAAAGUUGCUACAUUUCUAAAGCCAAAAGCCACACAGCUGCUAAGUAACAAGAGGUCACACCCAGAGUCCUGCCCUGUAUUGCUUCCUCGUGAGGAUAUGAAGUCUCAUUUCAUGCUUGCUAACUAAGCUUAUGUGUGAACAAUUCACUUUUAUUAUUGAAAAUGUAGGAUACUAUUUUUGAAAAAUAAAAAAAGUUUACAUUGUUUUUGCAUAUCGCUUUGAACCCUUUGUUUUUCUUUUCUUUUUUUUUUAAGUCACUGUGUCUUAUAGUUAUUCUGUCAUUUUAACAGUGUUUUUAUACAUUGUAGAAAUUAAGUAAAUACUGAUGUACUGACUGAUCUGGAUAUCACUAGAUAGAAAUGUGCAGCUUUAAAUAAGGGCACAUUAAUAACUUUACUUUUAUUUCAUGGUGUUUCUGUUUUUGUUUUUUUGUUUUGUUUUGUUUUUUUUAUAGCUCAUUCUAAAAUCUCUUUUUCCUCCUACGUGGUAACUAUUAUUUUAGUGUAGAAAUUUCAGAACAAAUUUAGUAUUUUAAAAUAUCCCAAAAUGUAGAUAUUUGUAACUGAAUUUUAUGUUUUGUUCUUCAUAUUUGGAGCUUAAUUAAGUAUAAUAUGGCAAUAAUCAUGCAGCUCUUAUUCAAGGAGAGGAAUCACGUUUCAAAAAAAUUUUUAUCUUGGCAGCUAUCUUAUAAUUACCUUAAUACAUUUCUGCCAUAUUUUGAGUAUCUGAUUAAGUGUAAACUGUUGUAGAUGUUGGAGUACUUCUUUAGGUGAAAGCAUUUAUGUUAGAAAAUAAAUCCUGGUGAAAUUCAGUUCAGUAAUGCAUACAAAUCUACUUAAUAGCCAUGUUCCUCAGUUGUUCUCAUAUUUUGUUACAUUGUAGUUAAAUUACAUCACUGCAUUCUUUGUUUUCCAUCAUCCAUUGUGUAAUCCUUGCACCCUUAACUUGAUUUAACUUUGUUUUAAAUUAGCUUGGUAAAUUCGCCUUGAUUUGUAACUCAAGUUCUGAAAAUAGAACACAUUUAAAAGUUUUUGUUAAUGAUAUUUUAAGGCCAUAAUGAAAGAGAUAAUUUCUUUAUCUGUCUAUACAUGUCUCUUUCUGACUGUAAGCUAGCAUUUUUACUUUUGACUCAUUAUUCCUUAAAAUAGUGACAUUUUCAUUUUAGUUUGUUUUGUCUUCAUCUGGUAUUUUUGUUUCUUUUUUUUGGCUUGGCUUUAAAAAUGUUUAUUCCUAAUCACCUAAGUUUGAAGUUGUAAGUUUUCUUAAGGAAUUUUCAUUAUCUUGAAAAAAUUUUCCAGAUUUUACUUUUUAUGUUAGAUAAUUACUAUAUAUUCUAAAUAAUGGACUUCUUGCUUAAAAUUA